CGUCUGACAGUGACGUGUUCCUCCGGAAAGCGGAAGUAAAAUCUUACAACGGACGUGGGCGGAGCUGUAGUCCAUAUGCGCCCUGCGCUACAACAGCUCCUCCUCGCCAUGUGUCUCAACCGUUCGUUGUUUGUCUGCGAGGAUCCAGCGACAUGGAGAUGUGUCUAUGCCAAAUACUGGGAGGUGGUGGAACUCAAGUCGAGGCUGAGCAAGGAUGGGAAGGCGGGAAAGCUUUUAACACUGGAUAAAUGGUAUCAGGAGGAGCUACCUAUGGCCAUAGCUAGCCGGGCUGAGCGUUUUGUCACACACUCAGAACUUGUUAAAGUGAUGGAGUGGAAGCUUACAAGGGGAAAAUUUCGGCCUCGGCUGCAGCAGCUGGUAGCUACUAAUCCAAGCGAGACGGUGGAAAAGUGCACCAAAAGAGCCUUCAGUUUCCUCCCUGAUGUUCAGGCCGCGAUCUUAGAGCUCAGCUCUCUAAAAGCCGUGGGGCCAGCCACUGCUUCAGCGGUUCUCACUGCUGGAGCCCCAGAACUGGCUGCGUUUAUGGCUGAUGAAGCGAUGGAGACCAUUCCUGGUCUGAAGCCCAUCCAAUACACUGCCAAGCACUAUUCUCUUUACCUACAGAGUGUGGUGGAGUGCACUAACACACUCAACAAAGUGGACUGUGAGCAGGACUGGACGCCCCACAGGGUGGAGCUCUGUCUGUGGGCCUGGGCUGUGGCCAGUCAGCUGCAGCCGUCUCUGCUCCAGGACCUCAAAGAAGCGGAAUGCUCUGAAGAGGGGUUGGAGAAAAGCCAGAAACCAGCCAAAAGACAGAAAACCAAGUAGACUGUUCUGCAAGAUUUUUUUUUUUCCAUUUUUUCUACAUUGUGCAUUUAUAUUAGGAGCAAAUGGGAGUAAAUCACAACUUACACUAAAGUUAAUCCAGGUAGUUGUGUGCAUGUCCUUAUUGUAUACUUUUUAUGUGAGACUUUUUGUACUUGUCAAAUGAUUUAUGUUUCCUU